GUCCCUCUCAAAAACAUCAAGUCCAACUCUAUAAUAAACCCGAACGCUUUUCCCUCUUUCCUCAGAUUCUCAAAUUAGAGGUGGGACAAUGACGAGGAGGACUCGAAGCAGAGAUGUUGAAGCGGAAGAAGCACUCAAGGCCGUGAAGCGCGAGCGAGUCGACUCGGCUGCGGGUCGCGAUGAGUCACCGACGCGGUCGAGCCAUUUGGACCGGAGGGUGCUCCGGUCCAAGUACCUGGCAGUCAUGAAUCUGAUUAAUGAGGAACGGGAGGAUUUAACGAGGGCUGACUCGGACAAGUUCAGUGCUAUAAUUGGUGAAGUGGAGAGGUUGCAUGAAUUAGUUCAGAAGCCGAGGGAGCAAUUGGCUGAUGCGGAGGCACUAUUGGGCAUUGCUAAUUCUUUGGCGACAUCUGUAAAAUCACAUUCCAGUGAGGGUGUUACACCUGCAGAUUUUGUUAACUGUUUGCUCAAUGAAUAUGGGCAAUCCAAUGGGGGAGUUGCCCCACAAGAGAAUGCUCAGAUUAUGGUCCGGUGGAAAGAUAUUGGGCUUGCUGUUGCACCCAUUUUCAGUAAGGCUCAUGGGUGUAGCACCAUGGUUGGACCUAUGAAUACUGAGUUGAAGCAACGGAAGACUGUGGUUCAUAGAAGGCGUGCAAAGCCAAAUGAAACUGCUCGUCCCGAAGAGCUUGAUAGCACUGGGGAAGAAGAAAAAACAGAUACUGACAAGAAUAUGUCAACCAUGUUUGAGAUCUUGAGGAGGAAGAAGCGCGUCAAACUUGAGAGUUUGAUAUUGAAUAGGAAGUCUUUUGCACAGAGCGUGGAGAAUUUAUUUGCAUUGUCAUUCCUAGUUAAAGAUGGGCGAGCUGAAAUAACUGUGCAUGAAAAUGGUUCUCAUCUUGUUUCACCAAGGAAUGCUCCUGCUGCCAACUCGGUUAUGUCAGGCGAGGUUGCUUACGGUCAUUUUGUGUUCAGAUUUGAUUUCAAGGAUUGGAAGUUAAUGAUGGAUGUUGUAACACUUGGAGAGGAACUGAUGCCACAUAGAAAUAACUCAAACCUGUCGGUUGCUUCUCAGGCGGAGCCAGCAUGCAACAAUUCCCAAGCAGCAUUAACAUUACCCACAACCCCAAUUAGGAAACUGUCUAGGAACCGUGGCCUGGUUGUGCAGGAAGAAUACGUUGUAGAAGAAUCUCCCGACAAUGACGAUGGCGUUUCUAAGAGAGCCAAUGCAAUCCGUAGGGGCAAGCGUAAGCUUAAUUGAAGGCUAGACUUGGUAGAAAUGUGUCAUGGAUCUAACAUGCAGGGUUCCUUCUCUUUUUGUCCAGUUUUGCCUGCUGCAUAUUUAUCCCACAAUGUAUAUAUGUAGCUUUUAGUUGUUUUACAAUCUAUGUAUUUCUCUAGGUUUCAACAUUUUGACACUUCUCCCCCAUUGGGUUGGUUUGACUUUUGAGCUUCGCAACCCCCUCUCUGCUACCUGAUCACUCUAAUGUUACAGACCUUAACACGAAUGCAAUUUUGAGAAUGCUUGGCAAAAUAUGGUUCCAUA